ACUCAAAUUUACAUUUGAGAAAUAUAUGGGGGUUGGUUUGCAAAGAAUACGAAAAUUGAGAGAUUUCUUAGCAAAUUAAUUUAUAUUAAAUAGCAAACGCAGAUCCCUAAUUCCCUUCACCCCUUCUUUCUUCCCUUUUCUUACUUUCUCUAGAUCGAUCUCCUGGACCAUCUCAGCCAUCUCUCACUGUGAGAUUGAAAAUGGAAUCAGUAAGCUACAACACUGUGAGCAUGAACACUGAAAUAGAUCUGACUGUGUCAUCAUACCAGAGGUUCAUCCAAGCUCUACGAACAGAAUUGCGUAGUGGAACCGAGAGCCACGACAUUCCAGUGUUGCGAACAAAAUCCGCUGCGGUCGGAGACAAACAGCUUGUGUAUGUGAAUCUUCACAAUCCAAGUGUCUCCAUCACAUUUGCAAUAGAUGCUCUCAACGCAUAUGUGGUGGCCUAUCAAGUAGAUGGCUCAGAAAAGCGUUGCUACUUCUUCAAAGAAACUCCUCCCAAUUCCAAAGCUUUACUUUUCCCUCAAUGUCCUAAGAAAAAAAGGGCUGAUGUUGAGCUCUCAACUAAUUAUAAUAGCUUGGGAACGGAACUAAGAGAGAAAACUAACUUGGGAUUCAAGCCAUUAAACGAUUCCCUUGAAAAGUUCAAAAGUUUUGAUAGCAACAAGCCUACCGAAGAUCUUCGUAGGAGUCUUCUAAUUGUUAUCCAAAUGGUUUCAGAGGCUGCAAGAUUCAAAUAUAUUCAGCAGAAACUGGAAUUCCAUGGCUUUCAAUCAGAGUUUCCCCCAAAAGGUGAUAUUAUCAGCUAUGAGAAAAAUUGGAGCGCACUUUCCAUAGCAAUCCAGAAAUCUAAUAAAGAUGGAAAAUUUCCAGAAACAAUUACAUUGCAAAAUGAAGACUAUAGUCAACGCAAGGUGUCCACGGUUGCAGAAGUGAAAGACGACAUGAAACUCUUGCUGAAUGUAGCCACAGCCACAGCCAUGGCCGAAUGAUAAUAAAUAUCUGUUGAUGCCCCCAAUAUGGCUGCAACUGCCGUGGAAGCAUCGAAAUACGCGUCCGCCGUGAAACCGAGCGAUGAAGAAGUAGUAGAAGUUGAUUCUGACAAUUCUGAAUAUUCAAUCCCAACCGUUGAUAUCUCCCUUCUCACCUCUCCCGAUCUUCAUCAACGCUCCAAAAUGCUCUCUCACCUCCGCAACGUCUGUCAGCACUGGGGUUUCUUCGUGGUAAUUAUAUACUCCUAACAAGUUUUUAUUGCUUUCAAAACCUAACAAGUUUGACUCAUAUAUGGUGUGCCGGUGUUAAUCAUCAUAUAAAUAUAAAGUUUGAUAUGUUAUCUAGAUAAAUGUUCAAUUUGAUUGAGUUAUUUAUUUGUAGAAACUUAAUUUAAAAUAAAAUUAAGAACUUCUAUUCUACGUUUAGUUGAUAAAUAAAAUAUAAAAAUCACAUAUAUAAUAUAUUAUUAAA